AUGUCAACUGCUCAUGGACGCGUCAAGGCCGCCGAAGCGCAUCCGUCAAGCGUGCGAGCAAUGCAGGUGAGCUCCCGCGCCCCAGCCGACUUUUCAAUGCCGACUGACGCGACCAGACGGAAGAAAUCUCGCUGUCCCGGCGAGCGGCCGGAUUGCUCGUCCUGCCAGCGACUGGGUCAGGUUUGCGAAUAUGCUGGCGAUGAGGAGGCGGAUUAUGCCCGGAAGAUGGAACAACGCAUCGAGGGCAUCGAAGGGAAGAUCGAUGCGCUGAUGGCUUGCUUCAGUAAUCAGAACCAGCCAUUGCUUCCCUCGCCAUCGACGACAUUUCAGCCCAGGCAGCCGUAUCCUGAGCCGAUACCAGAAGCAUCUGUUACUCCAUCCACCCCAAGGACAGUCGUUCAGAAUGCGAUACAGCUAUUCCAUACGUACUGCAAUUUCCAACCACUGCCUCUGUUUCACCACAAAUCAUUCCUCCCCAAUGAGAGCCGUGACCAGGAGCUCGUUUUAGCCAUGAAAGCACUGGGCCUACGUUUCAAGGGCAAUGGCAUUGCAGACCCGGAAAUUGACCGGCAAAUAAAGGACUGGACUGAGAGCUCGAGCCGCAUGGUGAUGACUCGUGUGGCAGAAGGCUCCGUGGAGCUUUCGACGUUGCAGUCCCUUUGCAUCCUUACUCUGAUCGACUACACAGCGGGACACACAUUGAAAGCGGGCGCGAACAUCCGCCUAGCGCUCUAUGUCCUACAGAAUUUACGGUUUGGAAGUGCCGAAUUUACCAAUCUGGAGGAUGAGCGCGAUGAGCGUUUAUUGCUGCGCUGGAGUCUCCACAUGCUUGCAAAUCUCAUCGGAGAACCUCCAGCGACAAAUCUGAGACCUGUUUACAACGGACAUGGCUCUGCCAAUGCUAAUGAGAUGGGUAUUGUCGGAUGCGCCAUUCAACUUAGCGAAGUCUGGGGACUGGCACAGAGCUACGCCGCGGCUGCCAUCACACCUGACGCCCCUCCGCCUUGGGCUCCUCAUUCCGACUAUUCAAGGAUCACGUUCCGACAUACCGAGUUCGAAAGCGUUACGCCGCUGAGAUAUCGCCUUCAUGAGACCCGCUUGGACGAGCUAACUGGGGCGGAGCUGCAGCGGCAAAGGGACUUUUGGGGCCACUGCUUGUUUUUCCAGCUAAUUUUCCAUGCGGUCCCUUGCCUUCUAAAUCACCCUCUUUUGCUCUCAGCACGGCUGCGGAAUUUUCGGCUCACCAUGCCACAGUCCUUUAUACAGCAUUCAUACGAACAGAUUACUCUGCAUGCAGGGUGGAUAUUGCACUUUAUCGAUCUCUUGGGGAACAAAGGCUAUGAAGUUUCUGACCCAACUCUCGGUCAAGCCGUUGUGAUUGUGGCUACCAUCUAUCUCCAGCAUAGCUUCGUAGAGGACGUCUUUUUCCGAGAAAAGGCUCAAUCUGGGUAUGAUAGAUGCCUAAAAUUUCUCAAGAAAAUGGCCCUUCGAUGGCCGAACAUCGAGAGACAGGUCGACAACCUUGGCAGGUUGAGAAGUAGUAUUUCCGCCGGAGACGUACAGAACUCGCGUCAGACAUGGUCGGUGAACGUCCGCCUGCUCCGAGAUAUACUGAUCGCUGCCCCACCGAAGCAGACUGCGGCGGAUAUUCUCGGUCCUGGCCUUGCCAUGGAAUGUGCGCUUCAGAUAGACUCAACUACUCCAGAUCCGGAAUUUGAGUUGAUAGGGUCUGCGGGAAUAUCAGGUCACAAGACAGUUGCAAGAGAACUAGUCACCUACUAUCCGCCCGAGCAGGUUCUACAACCGACGCCUCCGGAUCUGUCGGCGUUACUGGGCGAGCCUGGAAUGGCCUUCACUGGCUCGAAUACUGCAUUCCUACAGCCGCAGGACUAUGGACGCUUCAUCGAUAAUUGGCUGGACCUUCCCACAUAG